GAUGGGAAUUGUAGUCUCAAAACAUCUGGAGGGCAGAGUUUGCCUAUGCCUGUGCUAAACCAUGGUCUAGUGUGAAGUGCGUAAGCAGGAACAUGCCUUAGCAAGCCUCACACUCAGGUGCUCACCCCAUCGCUUCCUCCCACAUCGUUGCUGCUUGUUUCAGAAGCUGGCUUGGGGAAAUCAAGCCCAGUUACUUCCAAUUGCACUUGCUGGUUUGGAUGACAUGGGAGGCUGUGGUUAACUAAAAUGGGUAGUGGAGACCUGCAAAUUCCUUCCUUGUUCUGCCAGAGGGAUAUUUGAGCCAGUAGCUCACUUGAGCCCAAGCAAAACAGGGGGCUUGCUCAUCUUGCCCAUCAUCUCCUGGCUUAUAUCUUGCUUUCAGAGAACCUCAGCUCACCAUUAUGUGCAAAAUGCAGGUUGUGGGUUACAGCAAAUGAUGGUUUGUUGCUGCAAGCUUAACUAUUGCUCGUCAUAAUUUACAAUUCUCCCUUCAUAUAUAAUGCUAAGCCCAAGAUCAUUUCUGAAAGCAAACUUUAAUGGAGCAGAGAUCACCUGGCCAUGGGAGGAGGAUGGGGUUCUGAGCGCCAGGCUUCAUUUGGCCUCAUGGAAGCCAGAUGAAUGAAUGCCAUCCUGGCAUUAAUCGUUUCCAGCCUUGUUGACAUGACAAGAACAAAUCCUCAGUAGCACAGCAUAUUACAGAGAGAUAAUAAAUUUUGGAAAUAGUUGAUGCAUCCAUACACACAGGAGCAGCAGGCUCACAGUGUAAAAUUACUGUUUGCUAACUGGAACAAAGGCUAAAUGUUCUAUGGUAGCAGCUGGGAUGUAGGGACAGCUUGGACGUUCCAUAGCGAGACAGAGCUCCAAAAUAGGAUUGCCAUUCACCUGUGCAUUUACUAACAGAAUGUGACAGAGGGCAUGACUUCAUAAAAUAGCCCAUAGCGCUAACCUAGUUUGAUGUGGGCCAGAAGAGGGGAGCAGUGUGGCUGCCGGAGCAGUGGGUGACUCAGCCCAAACAGUUUGGGGACUUUGACCAGGACAGUGAGGUCAGCUGUGCCCACUUGCUCAUGGGCUUCUGCGAUGGCAACACCUUUCUCUGUCCUGGUUAAAGUUGCACAGAGUGGUGCUCUGGUACUUGCAAUGUCAUGUACAUCUUGGAGGCUGAGCUGCAGGUUUGUGGCUUCUGCUAGUCCAGAACGUAAGUGAGGGCUCAGCCCAGAUUGGAGGCUCCCCACACACCUGUUGCCAGUUGGAGAGGGAGGGCACCCCAAAACUAAGGCUCACGCAGCUUCCAACCCAUCAUAAACUGCAGGAGCCCUGAAUCCGCUCAUCUCUUUGCCAAACUCAAAAAAUGGAUAUAAAACGGCUCUUUAAUCAUGGAUAGCACUGGGGCACAACUCCCUCCACCCUGGCCACCGGCUCUUCUGGCUGGAGCCAAGAUGAACUGGAAUCCACCGGGGAGCCCGGAGGCUUCCUUCUGAGUGCAGGAUCCGCAGCUGCUGGGAUGCGGGAAUCGAGGCGCUCUCCCUGCCUCGACGGGUGUCUGCGAGGCGGGGGCUGCAGGUCCCCUUUCCGCCACGGCGCUCUUUCGGCGCUAAACCGCCCGUGCGCCUCGGAAGCGAAGCCGCUGCUCCCUCCGCCUGUCCCUCCCUCGAGCAGCUUCCUCUUCCCCUUCCGGAGCGCGACGCGCCAGCAGCCGAAGCAGCCAUGCCGCAGGACCACCGCCGGGUGCCGGGGCCGGAGGAGUCCCAGACGCCGCUGCUCUUCGCGCCCGUCGAGGCGCCGGAGGUUCCGCCCCGCGACCCGUCGGCGCUGCAGCCGCUCUUCGCCCGCGCGGGGCUGCUGAGCCAGGCCAAGGGCUCGGCCUACGUGGAGCUCCACGGCGGCACCAAAGUGCUGUGCUCGGUGGCCGGGCCGCGCGAAGCCGGCGGCGGGGCGGGCGCGGCGGCUCCGGGCGAGCCCCGCGGGCGGCUGGUGUGCGAGUUCCGACGGGCGCCCUUCUCGGGGCGCGGGGCGCGCAUCCGCCCCAGCGAGCGGGAGCCCGAGCUGGCGCUGGCGCUGCAGGAGGCGCUGGAGCCGGCCGUGCGCCUGGCGCGCUACCCGCGGGCGCAGCUGGAGGUGAGCGCGCUUCUGCUGCAGGACGGCGGCUCGGCGCUGGCGGCCGCGCUGUGCGCCGCGGGGCUGGCCCUGGCCGACGCCGGCGUGGAGCUCUACGACCUGGUGGCGGCGUGCGCGCUGUGCCGGACGCCGGGCGGAGAGUGGCGCCUGCAGCCCAGCGAGCCCGAGGAGCGCGCCGCCGACGCCCGCCUCACCGUGGCGCUCCUGCCCUCGCUCAACCAGGUGGCCGGGCUGCUGGGCAGCGGCGAGGGAGGGCCCCCCGACAGCUGGGCGCAAGCCGUGCGCCUCGGCCUCGACGGAUGCCAGCGCCUCUACCCGCUGCUCCGACAGAGCCUCCUGCGCGCUGCCAAGCGCCGACCCGCGCCGGGCACCCAAGCGCCGACCGACACAGACACGGCCCAGCCUCCCGCCGCCACCGCCUGAACUCCGGGAACUUCUCGGGUUGCGCCUCGCCGGACUCCUCUUCCGAUGUCUCUCUGGGCUUCGGCUGCAUCGUGGUUUUGGAUCCGGGAUCUGAGCGUG